UCAUCCAUUUCAAGAAUCUCUUAAGUGUCCCCAAUGAAUCUACCUUUACCACCACCCCAGUCAGUGCAUUCCAUGCAUAUAACUAUCCCAGCCCAUACUAUCCUCUAAACACUUCAAAAUUAAGCACCCUCAUAUUAGCUAUUUCCACAAUGAAGAAAAAAAGUCCAGAUGUCCAUCCUCCUGUGGUUGAUGGAGCCCUCACCUGCAUUUCUGUCAUAUCCCUCACUUCUGCUCUCAUCCUCUUUCUCAAAACAGAACUGAGAUGGUUCCCUUGGUCCUCACUGAUAUAAUUCAAUGCACAGAUAGGGAUUGAAAAGGAAAUUGAAAGAAAACGUACUUUGUGCCCCAGCUUGAUGCCAGAAUUAAGAUUACGAAUUCUGACGACAAAGGCUAAUUGUUUCUACGUUGAGAUAAUGGAGUGAACUUUGCCACGCUCCCUUGGGUUGUGAUUACGCAGUAGCUAUUCCCACAAUAAAUUGGACUGGUGGCUGGAGCAAGGGUCACCUUCUGCAACGACUCACCAGGAGGCAGAAAAAUUCUGAAUGAAUAUUACUUUUUCAAGAAAGUACGUUGAAAGAGAAUGAUUUCUUUAACAGACACACAAAGGAUCGGAGUGGGAUUGAUGGGAUUCGGUGUGUUCUUCCUCCUGUUUGGGAUCCUCUUGUAUUUUGACAGAGUGCUUCUUGGAUUCGGAAAUAUUCUCUUCAUUUCCGGCCUUCCCUUCAUCAGCGGGCUGCAGAACACCUUUCGGUUCUUCUACCAGAGGCAGAAGCUGAAAGGAUCAAUUUUCUUUCUGGGUGGGAUCCUGCUGGUCCUGUUCAGGUGGCCUGGAAUCGGCAUGCUUUGUGAAAGCUAUGGAUUUUACCUACUUUUCAGGAGUACACUGCCACUUGUGUCAGAAUUCUUCACCAGCAUUCCAGUUCUUGGAUUAAUCUUUGCAGUACCUGGAUUCAGCACAGCCAAGUUGCUAGCUCGACGCUCAACCCAGCACAGAUGGAAAGCGUGCAAGGAGCCGGCGGGAUUCGAACCCAGGACCACUCGCCUCGAAGCCUGAUGUGGAUGCCACUAUACCCCCAGCUGCAUAUGCUUUGAUGAACUGUAAAUGUGAUAAGUAAAUCUGACUCUGAAAUGUGAAUGAAUCCAAUAGUGCCAAAUGGACUCAGAAGUCUUUCUCCGUUAUAUAUUUGAAUACAGGAGGGAAAAGUAAACUUUCUCCAAGCUGGGGCUCAGGGAAAGAGGAGAGUGGAAGGAGAAGAAGAUUAUCAGUGUUGUUUUCACAUCUUUGUUUCCUUUUUCUAGAUAAUGAAGAGAUUAAGUGAGAGAGGCUCUGAGGUAUAAAGACAACACAAGGAAACAUUCUCGAAUAAGGAGUUAAAGAGAACUUCACCUGGUUAUAAAAACAGCUUCACUGCACAGUGUCUGGACCUGGACUGCCCUUAUCUAGAAAAUGAACUUUGGUUCCAUAUAAGUUUCACGAAAAGCUGUAAAUUUCAACAUGGUUGCACUCUCAUUUCCAUUUGUGCAAAUCUCCUUGCUCGCUAAACUUUCUCAGUUUCUUGUUUAGCAACCAGAAUUUUAAAAUUAGCAUCCUUGUGUUCAAUCUUGCCCUGGCCUACAACUCUUCCAAUCAGCAAUCGUCUUCCUGCUCUGGAAACCUCUGAGAUUCCUGGGUGCCUCCAGUUCUGGCACAACCUCAGAUUAGAAGGAAUUCCCUUUAGAACAGACAGAAGGAAGAAUUUCUUUAGCUGGAGGGUGGGGUAUGUGUAGAAUAUAAUGCCACACACAGGUGUGGAGGCCAAGUCAUUAAGUAUGGAGAUUGAUAGGUUCUUGAGGGUGUCAGAGGUUAUAGGGAGAAGGCAGAAGAAUGGGGGUUGAGAGGGAAAAUAAAUAAACCACAAUCAAAUAGCAGAGUAGACUCAAUAAACCAAAUGGCCUAACUCUGCUCCUGUCUCAUGAUCUCAUCACUCCACCUACUGAGUCUUCAGUAUUGCAUCCUAACCUCCAAAAUUCCCUCCACAAAUCACUCCACCUGUUUGUCUUUUCCACUGCAGUAAAAUAGUCCUUAAAAUCAACCUUUAUUACUCACCAUUUGCUUAUCUCUCCAGAUACUGCCUUAUAUUCAUCGUCUUCUUUCAAUAUCCCUACAAUGAUGCAGCUCAGUCUUUUUUCAAUGUUGAUGAAGUAAAGUCAAAGCAAGCUGCCAUUGUUGUUGCUGAAAAAGUCACUGUAGGUCAGUGGACAAGAUGGGACUGUGAGGAAAAAGAAGUACUGCUUUUAGAUGUUGUCCAAAGGGAAUAGAAUUGAAUACAAUGGGUGAUUAAAUCAAACACAAUGGGAAGAACACAAUGCCAUAAAUGAGAAUGCAGGUUUCCACAGCAGCUCCUAUUUGAAGUGUCACUGGGGAACGGAAUGGGUUUUGUAGGCAUACAGUAAUUAAUGAAUCAGAGUUGCUCUGUUGCUUGUUGUGCUGUGUGUUGUUCUGCCGGGAAUUGUGGGCAUACUGUGUUGGAGCUGGAAUAUGUAGCGACACCUGUAAGCGAUACCCAGCAUACCCCUGGGGUGGCUGAAAGCACAAACGGCACAUUUCACCCUAUGUUGUAUGCUAAUCCAGGUUUGGGUGAUUUAACCGCCAAGCGAGAGUGAAAAGGUCAGGGUGUCAUGGCCAGAGACAAGUGUUGGGCUGGCUCCGCUCACUGCACUACAAGGUUUACUCGUCUCUGCACUGAACUGAGACUGUGGCCUGCAACUGGAUUGGCUGCAGCAAUGCCUGGCUUUGCAGCUGUGGACUCACUUUCAUGAACUUUGAUUGUUCGCUUGGUUUAAUUGCACACAACUACGAUUUGUUUUUUCAUUUCUGCACGUCGGAUGUUUGACAGUCCUAUUUUAAAAAGUUCUGCUGGGCUUCUUUGUUUUGUGGCUUCCUGUAAGGAGAUGAGUCUCAAGGUUAUGUGUUAAAUAUAUAUAUAUAUAUAUAUAUAAUAAAUGUUCUGUGAUUUGAAGAGA